AUGGUAGAUACCACAAUGACAGAUAUGAAUGACAUGGAAGAGACGGAGAUUGAGGUGAUUACGGCGGACGAUACCACGCAGGAGUUUGAUAUUGGAGUGGAACCACAAGAUGAUGACGAUGAUGACGCCAUGGAAGACGAAGAUGACGACGAAAAAAUAUCUGCAGAAGAUGCGGAUGUGCGUGAUGAUGCUGAUAUGGUCUUUCAUAAACACUCAGGCCCGGUCUACUCAAUUAGUGUAAAUCCAGUGGAUCCAAGGAUUGUCGUCACUGGUGGAGGUGAUGACGUAGGGGUUAUCUGGAACCGUGAGGAUGGCAACGUGUUGUACACGCUGUCAGGUCACCAGGAUACCGUGGUAAGUGUGGACUUUAACUUUGACGGCAAGUAUGCGGCUACUGGCGGAUACGAUGGCCUUGUUAAGAUUUGGGAAGUUGCAACGGGUACUUUGGUGGCAAACUUGGAAGGACCAUCGCAAGAGGUUGAGUGGGUAUGUUGGCAUAAGAAGGGGAAUGUGGUGCUGGCGGGAUCUAGCGAUGGCACCGUGUGGAUGUGGCUCGCAACAACUGGAGAGUGCAUGCACGUGUUUGCUGGACAUGAAGACGGUGUCACCUGUGGCUCAUUUACUGGGUCCGGAAAGAUGAUUGUGACUGGCAGUUCGGACAUGACUGUGCGUGUGUGGAACCCAAAGACUGGCGAAUGUAAUCAUGUGUUUCGAGGCCACGGCUUCCACGAAGGCCCAGUGACGUUCAUUGCCUGUCACCCGAGCCAACCGCUUGUUAUCUCUGGCUCCCAAGAUGGCACUGCUCGUCUAAUGCAAGUGCAAACGAAGCGAAUCCUCGCAGCAUUUUCGCACGAAGGCAUUGAUCCGAGCGUCGCUGAAACUGUCAACGAUAACUCGAGUGCCACUGAAAACUCGGUAGAAUGCGGAGGAUUUUGUAACACGAUGAAUUGGGCCGCUACAGGCUGUCUGGGUGGAUUUCUGCGCAUCUGGGACUUGGCGACUAAUCAGUGCCGCCACGUUUGCCGUCACCCUGCUGGCGUAAUCAAGCUCUUGUGGCAUCCUGCGCAGCCAAUUCUGUACUCGUGCACGGUGGAAGGUCUAGUUUACGUUUGGGAUGCCCGGACAGGACAGCUUCUGAAGACAUUGGCAGGCCACACCGAUAUGGUGCUUGACAUGACUUUCGUCCCUGCCUUUGACGGCGUCCCUGUGGCUGGACUCCUUACGGCCAGCGACGACGAAUCUGUGCGACUUUUUCGCUUAGAAAAUUAG